AUGAAGCAACACAUUGCCAACAUCAAGAGAAAUGUUGCCGCAUGCAAGAAUUGUUCGGAUGCCGAUAAAGCUAAAUGUAUAGCCGCAAUAGAAGGAGCAAAAAUUAAGAGAAAGCAAAAGGAUAUGCAUGAGAAGGAAGUGAGGGAAGAAGUUGAAGUUUCUCAAUCACAUGAUGUAGAAGAUGUAGAAAUUGAAGGGUCAAGUUUCUCAAGAAAAAGGCCGCACUUUCUUGGGCCUAUAGACAAGUGGGUUUAUGAAGCCGACAUUCCUUUUCAUGCCAUUGACAAUGAUAGCUUUAAAAGAUUUGUGGAGGCGGUUGGUCAAUUUGGCCCAGGUUACCGACCUCCAACUCAAUACCAACUAAGGGAGCCGUUGUUGAAGGAAGAGGUUGAGAGGACAAAAAACUCACUCAAGAAGCAAGAAGAAGAGUGGGUAAAGAAUGGUCGCUCAAUUAUGACGGAUGCUUGGAGCGACCGAAAAAGAAGAAGCAUUAUGAACUUAUGUGUCAAUUGCAAGGAAGGCACUACUUUUCUUUCUUCAAGGGAAGAUUCUUUGCAAUCACAAACCGAAGCAUACAUCUUUGAAUAUGUUGACAAUUGCAUUGAAGAAGUUGGGCCACAAAAUGUAGUUCAAGUAGUGACGGAUAAUGCCACUAACAAUAUGGCGGCGGGGAAUUUGUUAAAGAUAAAGAGGCCAAAUCUAUUUUGGACUUCAUGUGCCACUCAUACAUUGAAUCUCAUGCUUCAAGGGAUUGGUAACCAACCAAGAUUCAAAGGAGUGAUUGAGAAGGCAAAGACAUUCACUAUCUUUAUCUAUGCACAUCACAAGACAUUGACUUUGAUGAGGAAGCAUACAAAGAAAAGAGACAUAGUGAGACCGAGAGUCACUAGAUUUGCCACCUCGUUUCUAACUUUGCAAAGCUUGAUGGACAAGAAGAGUGAAUUGAGGUGCAUGGUUGCUUGUGAUGAUUGGACCGCUUGCAAACAUUCUAAGAGUGCUAAGGGGAAAGUGGCAUAUAAUACCGUAUUGAGUGCCUCUUUUUGGAAUGGGGUAACACUUUGCUUGAAAGUGUUUGCUCCUUUAUUUAAGGUACUUCGCCUUGUGGAUGGGGAUAAAAAGCCAUCAAUGGGCUUUUUGUAUGGAGAAUUACUCAACGCAAAGAAGACAUUAAAGAGGCAUUCAAAUAUCAAGAGGCCAAUUAUCGGCCAAUCAUAG